AUGGCACCCAGAACUACAACUCGGUCGAACUCCGCAAAUAGAAGUCCCAGAGACGAUGGUUCCUCUCGCGGUACUAUAACCACGCACAUAACCUCUGCUACGGUCUUGGCUGGCAAAGACAACCACUUUGGAGACUGGGCUAGCGCUGUGAAGCUUAAUCUACAUGUACAUGAUCAACUCCCCUCUGAUAGUUUCUUCGAUCCGAUUCGAGAUCUGCUGGAGCAGUCAAAGCGUUUUCCAAGAUGGCUCACUAACAAGGAGUCGCCUGAACUUUGUUAUAUUGCUUCUGGAUACCGCACCUUACGGGACAGAUUAUGUACUUAUUUACUAUCAUCUAUAACGGGGCAAAACUUCCGACAAUAUACCCUUCACGAUAGCGACCCGGAGUUAUGUGCCGCAAUGGGUACGAUUUUUCAACUCUGCUACCACACUACCAAAUUACACACAAAUGAAAACUCAACCGAGAUGGAUGGGCGGUUUUUUAUUGAUGGGCUGAUAGCCCAUGUGUGUGAAAGCGAUGGAACAGCCUAUAUGAAGUAUAAUACCAAGCAAAAAUUAAGGCUCCCCAAAACCAGGUUGGAAAAUGUGAAUGUGCCCGCGAUGAUUGCAGACGGUGUCACUUAUAUCGAUAUCCCCAACUUUGAGCCAUACGACACGAGUCCUCCCCUGCGAGAAGCGGCCUCGGCGUUAGGCUCGAAAGCCUUUUCCAAGACACUGCAGCUGGUCAAUUGCGUCGUCGAAUACAAACGUGAUACGGAUGGUGCCCAUCAGGCUAUGAUGGGCAUUGUUUCUGGGCUUUAUCAACAACAAGCUUUCAGAAACGUACGACAGUUUGUUUUUGGUAUCUCUCAGAACAACGCCAGUACUUUGAAUGUUGUAGUAGCAACAUGGCAAGGGGAUAAUAUCAAAGUUUACAACGUUGGCAGCUAUUCAUUAGCUCACCCCGCGACAGCCGUGCAGUUCUAUCUCGUUCUUCGAGAAAUUAAAAGGCGUGCCAAAUCUGAUCACGAUUGUUUGAUAGCGUGCAGCAACGCUUUGGCAGUUGACAUUAUUGAUUUUCCGCCUCAAAAAUGGUGGGCCACCAAGGCUUUGCCCAACACUCGUGAACAACCCCCCGAAACGCAAGAUGAACUGCACCCAACUACAGGCCAAGGCAGACAAUCAGGUGGCGCACCCUACUCCCCCACGCCGUUUUCAAACAUUCCAUCCACACGCUCUGGCGUCCCACACCCGUACUCCCGUCCUCCCAGUUGCUCCUCUCAACGUUCCGUGGAAACCUGCUCCCAACCACCCUCUUGCGGCCCAUCACCCCCUCCGCAACACCUGCCCGGAAUGGAACUGGAGCCGUCCCUUGGUGCUCUCCUCAAGGCUGUCACAACCCUCACCGCCAUGGUUGGGUCCCUCCAGGACCAAAUCAGAGCACAAGGCCAACAGAUCAACAAACUCAAGGCCAUAUGCAAGGAGACCGCCGACCUACUUGGUGACAAGGACCAAGGAAAAGCCCAAACCCAGCCUGGCCCAUUGACUGGGCCUAUCACCCCUCCUACUCAGACAGGAGGAGAAGCCUACUCUCCAGCAACGGUUAGGCCUGGGCUCAAGGCCCCUUUCCGCCCUUCAAGGGGCACAGGGUAUGACUCAGAAGAAGAGGAAGACAGGCAAGCCCCCAAAAGGGAACCUUGCAACACGCCUAAACAGGGCCUCAGCUCCCUCACCCCUUUUGACUCAGGGUCCAGUGUAAAGCAACCCAAGAUGGAACUCCCCAACCCUUACAAGGGCGAUACCCAAGGUUAUUACAAAGUAGUAGGUUGGUGGUAG